AUGCGCGCCUCCAUCUUCGUCUCCGCUGUUGCUUUCGCCGUUGCGUCGGCCCAGGACUCUUCCUCUGCCCCUUCGUCGUCCAUCGACCCGGCUCCCCAGACCACCUACCUCACCCAGACCAACUCUCUCGGUGUCGUUACUGGCAUGCCCGCUGCUGAUACCUCCAUCGCUACUCAGCCCGAUGCCGUAACCAGCCAGCCUGCUGCUGUUACCACCCAGCCAGUACCUGCUGACAUCCCCGCCGUCGGCCCUGGUGUCCACACUCUUACCCUCGCUGGAACUGGCACUGGCUCCAUGGUCAACUCCACCCGCACUGUCACCGUCAGCGCCAACAACAGCACCACUGUCGCUCUUGUUGCCUCCCCCACCAGCGCUGAUGCCGAUGCUACCGGCAGCGGUGCAUCUGGUAGCGGCUCCGCCGACGCCACUGGCACUGAUGCAGAGGCCUCUGGCACUGGCGCCGACGGUGCUGACGCCACCGGUGCUGCCGUCAACGUCAAGGCUGCCGCUGGUAGCAUCGUUGGCUUUGGUGCCUUCAUGGCCGCGUUCUUGUAA